CCAUCCCACUCAUCCCACCUAUCCAUCCCACUGCCACCGGAAAUGCAGACCCACUUGAGCUGUCUUGCAACAAUGCUACAUCACAGAAAAAAUGGAAUCUUUGUCAUCCCGUGGCGGUGGUGCAUUGAUAAAGCCGCGAAUUGGCCCAUUCAAUGUGCUUGGCCUCGUAAAUUGCUUGCAUCAUGGCUUCCUCCGAGGUAGAUAGCAAGUACGCUUGGGUGAUUGUCCUCGCGGUGUUCUGGAAUAAUGCUCACCAUUGGGGAAUCCUCUCUAGUUACGGUGUCUUCCUCGCCUACUUCACCUCACACUCCACAUUCCCGGAUAGCCGCACCCUCGAUUAUGCCUUCAUCGGCGGUCUCUCCGCCUCAAUGGCCCUGUUCAUAUCCCCCGUGGUGACGCUCCUUCACCGCCGCGUCGGCCUCAAAGCCACCAUGGCUCUGGGCGUCCUGCUGGAAACCGCCGCCUUCCUGGGCGCCUCGUGGAGCCGGCAUAUCUGGCAGCUGUACCUGAGCCAAGGCGUCUGUUUCGGCUGGGGCCUGGGCCUGCAAUACCUGUCGACGACGUAUCUCAUCCCGCAGUGGUUCAACCGCAACCGCAGUCUCGCGGCGGGCAUUGCAACCGGCGGCAGCGGAACAGGAGGCCUGAUCUACUCGCUCGCCACACACGCCCUGCUCGACCGCUUCGGCCUGGGCUGGUCCUACCGCAUCCUGGCCAUCUGCCAGUUCGUCGUCAACUGCGUGUGUCUCCUGGUGAUCCGCGAUCGCAAACCCACGGCAGAUCCCCCCUCGACAUCACGACGCCCGCUCCUGAACCUGAACUUCCGCCUGUUAACCCGGUACGAGAUGUGGCUGUACCUCGGGUGGAGUUUCUUCAGCGUGAUGGGAUUCAUGGUCAUCUGGUUCUCGCUCGCCACGUACGGACGGAGUGUCGGGUUGAGCUCGUCUCAGGGUUCCAUCGUCACGGCCGUCAUGAACGUCGGCCAGAUGUUCGGACGUCCCGCCGUCGGGUUUAUGUCCGAUGCCGUCGGCCGUAUUAAUAUCGCUGCGUUUGCGACGUUUGUCAGUGGCUUGCUCUGUCUGCUGCUCUGGACUUUCGCGAGGACCUACGCGGCCUUGAUCUGCUUUGCUUUGUUUGCCGGUAUCUUCUUUGGAACUUUCUGGACGGUGGUCGGACCUCUCGGAGCCGAAGUCGUCGGGCUGGAUGACUUGCAGUCCGGUUUGACAAUCAUGUGGUUGAUCUGCUCGGUUCCUGCGACGUUCGGCGAAGCCAUCGGCCUCGAACUCCGCACCUCCGGCCGCCACGAAUUCCUCCACACGCAGCUCUUCACGGGCUUCAUGUACGUCGGAGCCUCACUGUUCUUGCUCCUGCUCCGCGGGUGGAAGAUCGCGCAGUUGCGGAAACAGCAGCAGCAGCAGCAGUCACAAUUUACGGAAAUGGCGUCCACCGGCGACAAGUAUCGGUAUCUUGUCGCUGCGAAGCCAAAGGUGUAACCGCUUUCGCCCCCAUUCGGGGAAUAUGUUUUGUUGCAAGGGAUACUCGGGUAUAGAACACAAGGUAUUGGGAACUGGGCUUCAUAGAGGAGACUCAUGUAUAAUAGAAUUGGGUUGUUGUUUAGUAUAAUUUUUGGCGUCAAGGGAAAGGAUACGGAGAUUUGUCGUGGGUUAGGCAGCAGGGGUUAUGGUUGGG